AUGUCCCUCUACGCCUCGUCCGCCGGGCCAUCGCAGACCCUCGCCCUCUACGGCGACUGCGUCGCGUCCCUCCGCACCUCGCUCGCCUACCUCGAAUCGUCCGUUGCUACUCUCGCCGCCGAGACAACAAACAGCCCAAACGGCGGCGGCGGCGGCAGCGGCAGCACGGGCGCCGUGGCCGACAUGCCCCGCCUUGCCGGCGUCCUGAAGACCGUCCGCCACUACGAACUCGUUCCCCAGCCGACCCUCGCCGCCGCCGAGGCCUCCCUCCAGAGCGAGAUUGGCCCGGCGGUCGCCCAGCUGCUGGACCGCGCGUCGCACCAGCUGGCGCGCCAGGCACGCCGGAUUGACACGCUGCAGGCGCGUGCGGCGCUGCAGGCAGGGCGUCUCGAAGGGGAUGCGGAGCCGGCGAAGCUGAGCAAGGGGGGGGCGGCGGCCGCAGGCCGGGCAACGAAAGCGGCCUCCGUCGACCCCCUCCGUGCCCGCAUGGUGCGGCAGCGCAAGGAACAGCUCAAGUACAGCGUGGAGCGCCUGGAGCGGGAAGUGGCGCAGAAAGAGCGGGAGCUGCGGCAGCGGCUGCGCCAGUCGACCGUGGGGCAGUGA